AUGAAGAGACUGGGCGUCCACCCCAAGUGCCUCAAGCGGUCCAAGGCGGCCAAGAAGACCCCGAUCAAGGUGGUGUACAUCUCGGACCCCAUGAGGGUGACCGCCACCGCCGCCACCUUCCGCUCCCUCGUUCAGAGGCUCACCGGCCGGGACUCGGUGCUCGAAACGACGGAUGACUCCUCGACAGCGUCUGCAUCUCCCUCGGCGGCGAGCUCGACCCCGUCGAAUCAUGGCGUCAGCUGCAACGUGGAGCAGGAGAACAGCUUGGUGGCUCCGAUCGAAGCGUUUGAUGAGGCGUUUGUUGCACGAAUGCUGGAGAGCUUUUCUGGAUUCAUGUAG